AUGAUGUACGAAAUGAACAACAGUUCGUCGUCCCUUUCUAAAAAACCCACCACCAACUCUUCCUUUUACAACAAAACAUGGACUGGAAUCGUGAAUCAAAACAACAAUGGAGCAGAUUCAACAGGUUCACAAAGCACAGCAGGAUUUGACUCUCCAAAACUCGGUGGUGUAGGUGACUUUCCACAUCAACAACAACAUGAACAAUCAGCCAUAUUGAAUCCUGGUGGAGGAGAAGGGGAUGGACCUGCAUGGAUGAGGUCGUUUCGCUUUUUUGGAUUACGGUUGAAAACAGUGACGGCCUUGUUGAUGACAUCGAUUGUGGUUGUCUGUCUAUGCUCUCUAGGUCUUUCUCUCUCCUUCGAAUUUUCCUUUCGUAAUGUCGAACGAGGAUUUGGAGAGGAAUCUGUGAAAAAACUUUCAAAUUCUCUUCACGACGACUUUGAUGUACUCUUUAACAAACUCUAUGAAUAUGCAGCUUGGGAUGAUGUGUUCAAUAUUGUCCAAGAACAAAGCGUUCAGAAGGCAGAUGUUCUUCUCAAUGAAUACUUUUCGUGUGAUUAUAUGAAGAGAGCAAAUUUGAAUUAUAUCAUGAUGUAUUUUCCAAAUCAAACCUUCUUUCGAGGUGUGAAUUGUUUUGGAGGUGUGAAAAGACAAUGUUACACUUCUACUGAAAGUGGAUCGACACGAUUUUCUUCAUUUAAACUUGUGAAUGAUUGGAGUGGACAACAAGCAGUGGUCAUUCGAACAGAUAUUUCACGAGAAGUGUAUUCAUUGGGAUGGCUUUCAUUCCUCUAUACUGCCAUUGCUAUUUUGGCGUUGGUCAUUCUUAUGGCUAUUGCAGUGAUGAUUUUUGUGGAAUUUGUGGUGUUGCGAAGAGUGUUAAAAAUUGGACGUUUUGUGAGAAGCGUUACGAAUGAGAAUGAUCUUUCUCGAAGACUUGUGAAUAUGAGCUCAGAUGAAUUGGGAGAUCUCUCUGCGGAUAUUAAUGGAAUGUUGGUGGCGUUGGAAGUGUCACAAUCAAAACUUGCCAAUGACAAUUUGAUGAUGCAAAAUAUAUUGGAAAGAACUGCCAUUGAAGAGGAAAAGAGUCGAUGCAUUUUGAAUAGCAUUACAGAUUUUGUGGUGACUGUAGAAUGCUCAUCGGGAUUAAUUAUUAACAUCAAUUCAUCUUUCGAGAACAAAAUUUUAAAGAAAAAAACCUCAAUUGCAACAUUCCAUGAAAUCCACACCUUUUGA